AUAUGUUAAAGCUACGUUUUUGUGGCCUUUUAGUUUUGCAAUUAAUAGGAUUAAUUCUGUUUGUGCAAGACAUUGCUUCACACGAAGCCAAGGAUUUCGAUGAUACCAUUCUAUAUAAAAUUGAUUUCGAUAUUCCCGAUUUCGAACAAAAUCCAGAACUAAAAAAUCAGAUACGCACAUUUUACACCCAUGAAAAGGAACAAUAUCACUGUGUUAUACCUUCGGUGACUGAGGCCAAAGAAGAAGCCAAAUCUGAUGAACCGGAACUUUCUCCCUUCGCCUUGUUGAAAAGCAUCUUUAAUACGCCCAGUUGUUCAUAUCGCAUUGAGGCCUAUUGGUCAUAUGAAAUUUGCCAUGGCCUCCAUGUUCGCCAGUAUCAUGAAGAACGUGAGGGCAAAGCGGUGAAAUUCCAAGAAUACUAUUUGGGUAAAUGGAGUGAUGACAAAUCGGAAAAAUUACAAAAGGAAUGGGAGGAGAAUCGCAAAGCCGGAAUGAAAUAUAAGACCACAAAAAUUGAUAAUAUUAAAUAUCCCUACUUUGAAAUGGAAUUUACUGAUGGUACCAAAUGUGAUAUUAUCAAUGCACCACGUACCACAAUUGUCCGUUAUGUCUGCUAUCCUCAUGGAAAGAAUGAAAUUUAUUCUUUCAAAGAGACUUCAUCGUGUAAUUAUGAAGCUAUUAUCCUGACAUCAGCAUUGUGUGUUAUACCCGCUUUUCAUCCGGAAGAGUAUAAGGAGACUUCGAUUAAAUGUUAUAACUCACCUGAUGAUGCCCAUAAGCCAUUAAGUAUGUUGCGUCAGGAGCUGAAUGAAAUGCAAUUGUCUUUGGAUGAAUUCCCGGUGUCGAAGGAGGCCAGUGAUGCAGCCAGCGAAGGACGUUUUGCCUAUUUCAAUCGCAUCGGCGAAGAUGUGGAUAAGAUUGUGUUGAGUAUUACCAAAGAUGGUAGUUUGACAGCUCACACCGCCGAUACCAGUGCCGAGGAGACAAGUGCCUUGAAAACUCCACCCACAACACCGGCUUUACAGGAUUUGACACCAUUGUUGGAGUUUGUUAAGGGUAAAAAGUGUUUGACAGGGGGCACCGGUUGGUGGAAAUAUGAAUUCUGCUAUGGCAACUAUGUGCGACAAUUCCACAAGGACAAAAAAUCCGAAACUGAAUUAUUUUUGGGCCAUUUCAGUGCCAGUGCCCAUCGUCAAUGGCUGGAGGCCAAUCCCGACAAAUGGCCAAAGGCUCAAUCGACGUCCAUUUGGCAUCAUUAUGAAAAAGGUUCGAGAUGUGAUAAAACUGGUCUGCCGCGGGAAGUUGAUGUUAAGCUAACAUGUAGCGGUGGCAGUGGAAUGGGUGGUUCGCUAAAUCCCAGCGCUGUUUCCAUGUAUCUAUUGGAACCCAAAACAUGUCAAUAUAUAUUAGUCUUUGAGGCACCCAUUGUUUGUGCUCUAACCGGUUAUACCGAUGAAUAUGGUUUAAUCGAUGAAGAAAAAUUAACCAAACUAAUUCAGGAAAAAGAAAGCGCCAGUAAAUCGAAUGCAGCCGAACAAACGGAAUCGUCGUCUAGUGCAGCUGCCAAGGAAGGACAACAGCCUAUUAUAAGAUUUUAG